AUGAACAGUUUUGAGGAAAAGGCAUCCGGUUGUCCCAGUAGAAGGCCAUCCCGUCUCUGUCUGCGUUGUAGCUGGGGAAGUGCCUGAAGACGGAAUCAAGAUUCUUUUUUCAAUGACUAACUUGCAUUUUUCUCUAAUGCACAAAAAGUCACUGAUCAAGAUCCAUCUUCUCUCUGGUGUGGGCACAUAAGUGGCAGCCUGGGCAGCUUAGAGCAGAUAGAAUUUGUGGCCUGUUUUUCAUCUGUUACCUCUCUAAUGUUUUCUGAAGAGACUACAAGCCAAUGAGAGAGGCUGCCUAGGAGAGGAGGGAGGAUUGUUCUCAGACUGGCUGGAGAGCUUGCAAGAUAUUCCUGGACCUUCCAGUGCUUCUCUGGGCGAGUACAGCACUCAACCUGAUGGAGACAGUUUCCAUUUUAAAGAGAGGAGAAAGAUUUCAGGAGUGGGCCUCAAGUUGAUCUGCUCAGGCUCCCAAUCAGUGUCAGCUGCCAUUCUCAGGCUGCUGUCCAUCUUCGACACACUCCAGCGGGGCCUCUGGCGGGGUAUCAGGUGGAUCCUGAGAGAGCAGCAAGCUAAGCUUCUCAUCUCGGAAGAAGUAGCCGUCCAGCAGUCGGCCGGCCAGAACCGUCAUAACAAGAUGGAAGGGUUCCUGAAGGAUGGACAAGGUGCCAGUGCCACAGGUGGAGGAGAGCAGAGCUUCACCCCAGGGUCGUCCUCAUUAAGGAUGGUCCUGGUGGGCAAGACUGGCAGCGGGAAGAGCGCCACAGGGAACAGCAUCCUCUGCCAGCCUGCGUUCGAGUCCAAGCUGGGGACCCAGUCCGUGACCAGCACGUGCCAGGGGGUGGCGGGCACGUGGAACGGGAGGAACAUCCUAGUGGUGGACACACCCUCCAUCUUUGAGGCGAAGGCCCAGCACCAAGAGAUGUACAGGGACAUCGGGGACUGCUACCUGCUCUUGGCCCCAGGGCCCCACGUGCUCCUGCUGGUGACCCAGCUGGGGCGCUUCACUGCCCAGGACACAGUGGCCGUGAGGAGGGUGAAGGAGGUCUUUGGGGCAGGGGCCAUGAGACACACGAUCGUCCUCUUCACCCACAAGGAGGACUUGGGGGCCGAGUCCCUGGACGACUACGUGGCCAACACGGACAACCUCAGCCUGAGGAGCCUGGUGCAGGAGUGCGGGCGGAGGUACUGCGCCUUCAACAACCGGGCCCGCGGGGAGGAGCAGCGGCAGCAGGUGGCCGAGCUGAUGGCCGUGGUGGAGAGUCUGCAGAGGGAGCUGGAGGGCGCCUGCCUGGGCAACGAGCUCUUCUUUGAUGCGCAGAUGCUCCAGCGAGGAGGCGGGGCCGGCGCGUGCGAGGAGGACCUCAGGCCCUACCUGGCCAAGGUGCGGCGGCAGGUGGAGAGGCAGAAGCGAGACCUGAGGGAGGCCCGGAGGGGCUGGGCGGCCAGGGUGCCGUGCAGGGUCAGGAACUGGAUGGCUCUGCACUAUGACCUCUGUGUCUGUCUUGUCUGGUGCAGCUUCCUUUUCCUUCUUAUCUUAGUGAUUAUCUGGUAUCACCUUUAAUCCUGUAUGUUCUCCGUGUCACAGUGUUUUCUACAGCAUCAGCUCAUGGGUUCGCUGUCCCAUGUCCCGCUUGUCACCGCAUGACACCGAUUCUGAAAUCGGCAUGGUCUGUAGAGGACCGGCCUUGUUACCUCUGCGGCCCCUCUU